CUCUGGAAACGCCAUGCACCCACCACUCACUCCCUAAUGCUGCUCCAUCUCUCAAAUACCUCUUCCCUCGCUUGCUUUUCUUUUCAUUGCAAGGCGAAGACUUCUUAUAUGAAUCUCUUCUUAAGACGACCUUUUGCUUUGUUCUCGAAAAGUUAUCACUGGAAUCACAAUGGCAUUUCUCUUGCAGCUCCCAAUUCUAUGGUUUUGUUUAUUCUCUGUGCUUUGUUUGACCUUCACUUCCGGACAUGUCAUACCAAGAUUCCCUGUUGCAGCAUUUAAACCUGAUGAGCCUCGCUCUUACUCUGCUAAAAAUGCCCAUUACGAUACCAAGUUCUUCACCCAGAUUCUUGAUCACUUCAAUUAUAAUCCCCAGAGCUACGAGACUUUUCAACAAAGAUAUCUCAUCUCCGAUGUCUAUUGGGGUGGGGCCAAGAACAAAGCUCCCAUCUUCGUCUACACAGGAAAUGAAGGCGACAUAGAAUUGUUCGCCAAUAACACAGGCUUCAUGUUCGAAACGGCACCCCAUUUCAAGGCCCUUUUAGUCUUCAUUGAGCACAGAUUCUAUGGAAAAUCGAUGCCGUUCGGGGGAAGUAUAGAGGUUGCAUAUAGUAACAGUAGCACACUUGGAUAUCUGAGCUCCACACAGGCAUUAGCUGAUUACGCCACUCUCAUCGUUGAUCUGAAGAAGAAUCUGUCAGCCAGUGAUUCCCCUGUUGUGGUGUUUGGAGGAUCCUAUGGAGGAAUGCUGGCAGCUUGGUUUAGAAUGAAGUAUCCCCACGUGGCCACUGGAGCUUUGGCAUCUUCAGCUCCAAUCCUCCAUUUUAUGGACUUGGUUUCCUCAUACGCCUUCAACGACGUCAUUACACAAGACUUCAAGGAAGAAAGUGAGAAUUGCUACAAAGUGAUAAAAGGAUCGUGGAAACAAAUAGAAGACACGGCCAAAAGAUCCGACGGCCUAGAGCUACUGCGGAAAACGUUCAGAAUAUGCGAGAAUUGUCAUAUUAGCGGAUCUGAUAUUGAAAACUGGAUCAUGACGGCUUUGAUGUACACGGCCAUGACAGAUUAUCCAACGCGUUCUGAUUUUCUGAAGCCCUUGCCUGCUUAUCCAGUGAAAAAGGUAAGCUCUAAACUCAUGUUAAUUUGCCCCCAAAUGAAAGCUGAGCAUGCAAAGUGGGAGAGGUGGCAGAUGUGCGAGGCGAUCGACAGCCCGGAGCACGGAAACGACACGUUCGCAAAGAUGUACGAAGCAGUGAACAUCUACUACAACUACACGGGAACUGCCACGUGCUUUAAUCUGAGCGAUGAUUCCGAUUCUCUCGGUCUCGACGGGUGGCAGUGGCAGGCGUGUACGGAGAUGAUAAUGCCUACAGAAGGCAGCGACGAGGAGAGCAUAUUCCCAGCUUAUGAAUGGAGUUACCAAGACACGGCGGCUUUCUGCAACAGUAUCUAUAGCAUAGUGCCCAGGCCCUAUUGGAUUUCCACUGAAUUCGGAGGCCACGGCAUCCAGGAGGUUCUGAGAACAGCUGCUAGCAACAUUAUCUUCUUCAAUGGACUGAGAGACCCUUGGAGUGCUGGAGGGGUGUCGACGAAUAUAUCGGAUACAAUAAUUGCCUUAGUUGCUAAACAAGGAGCCCAUCAUGUAGACCUGAGGUUCUCCUCCGAGGAAGACGACCCGCAAUGGCUUAAAGAUAUCAGACGACAGGAGGUCGACAUCAUUUCAACUUGGAUCUCUCGGCAUUAUCAACAAAUAGUCCGGCCGGCCUCCUCCUCCUCCAUUUCCGACAUUUGAUCACCUCCUGCUCACAUGAAUCCCACCAGACGUUGAUUCCCAGUUACCAGGAGUAAUAUCGUAGCUUGCUUCAACUUUCAUGUAUUGUCUGGAAACACCGAUAAGAAAAAACCACGAGAGUGAGGUCUGAUGGGAAUGAUAUAACUACGUUUAGUAUCAUUUAUCAGGUUAUUGGAUGGAUUAUAACAUUUGGUUAAACAGUAAUGCCUUUAGUACAAAAAAUAUAUUCAAAUGUUUUUAAUCCGUUUAAUGAAAAAUUAAUAAAUAUUGAAUUUUAA